GCCUUGGAUGCUUCAUCUGUAGAGCCAUGCAGAUAUCGAAAGGUUCUGGGAUUUGAGGGAGUUGCUCUAUUUGAGCUCGCCGUUUCAGUCGCCAUGAAAUUCCUCACCCGCGGUUCUUGACUGCAGUGAUUCUACCUCUUGAUUUUUCUCUCCCCCCACCCUUCACCAACUAUGAGGGGUCUUUUCUCCUCCGCCGUCAUCUUGGGAACCGUUUCUGCACAGUACCUUGAGCCCGCACCCGCCUCAGAUGUCAAACCUAUCUUGAACGGAACGGCGGAAUUCCGUGAUUUGUUCAAUUACGCCCCGAAAGAACCCCCGUGAGUUUUUUAAUCCUAUAUUCUAAUUGUGAACCUCUUCCUGGGAUGAUGCUGAGCUAAAACCCGUUCACAGAGUUGUGCCAUAUCCCGAGAGAACAGACACCACUGGGGAGAACUCUCCUUUCCCAGCCUUGGAUACGAACACUACCGCCAAUACUGCGGCCAACUGGUUUUCUGUUCAAGCUGCUUGUACCCUCACUCCCAACAACCCAACAAAGUUCUGGCGAGAGACGGUAAACCUCAAUGGCGCAUCGCCAUUCAAUCCGGAUCCCACAUAUCAGGUCUACAGAAACGUGAGGACUUAUGGAGCAAAAGGGUGACGGAGUCACUGAUGACUCUGGUGCAUUUCAAUUUGCUAUCGAUGGUAAAACUCUGGGUUCCUCCUCCUGUAAAACAGGGAUCAAUGAAAGCUCAUGUCUGUGAUAGCUUGGAGCCGCUCCAGCAAUUACCAGCAGACGACUGCGCCGGCUCUUAUCUACGUUCCGGCUGGCACUUACAAGAUCUCAAAGAGCGUCAGGAUGCUUGUCGGCACCAUGAUGAUUGGGGACCCGCUUAACAAGCCGGUGCUCAAGGCGGAUGCGAACCUUGGUACCAAUCCGAUUAUAGACGGUUUCGACUCAAGUCGAUUCCUUGUUUCUACUACGAAUUUCUUCAUCGGGAUUAAGAACAUCAACCUUGAUACCACGGCUAUCAACACCAACACUCCUGCCGUUGCACUGAACUGGCCUGUUUCGCAGGCUACGCAAUUGUACAAUGUGGAUUUCACUAUGCCGAACUUCUCCAAGCAUGUUGGUAUCACUAUGGAUGGUGGGUCCUCGGGUGGUGGAUCUGGGACCAUUUUGAGUGAUUUAGUACGUCCUCCUCCGUGAUGCCGGGAUGUGAUCCAUCACUGACUGCUUAAUUAGUCUUUCACCGGUGGCGGAAUCGGUAUCAGACUCAACAAUCAGCAAUACAUGUUCAAGAGUCUGAAAUUCAAUGGUUGUAACACCGCUAUCGCCAUUUCCCAUGUAUUCUUCCUUACCGUGCAAGACGCCACUUUCAUGAACUGCGGCACCGGUAUCGACAUGAGUGGGAACGGGGUCGCAGGUUCCGUCUCUCUCAUUGAUUCUUCGGCGAACUCGGUCGGUAUCGUGGUGAAUGCAUUCAAGACUGGCAACGGUGCGGGAUCAUUGGUAGUUGAGAAUUUUGUAAGCACCAACUCUGGUGCCACUGUCGUCCAGAGUAAUGGUGGUCAGACCCUUGUUUCUGGCAGUGUACCAAAUACCUGGGUCAUGGGAAAUGCGAAUCCGGGAGAUUAUCAGGGUGGAACCUACUACACUGCUCCUCGCCCGUCAUCCCUCUUGGAUUCGAACGGAAAGUACUUCCUCAUGCCCCAACCGCAAUACCAGCAAUACGGAAAUGACCAAUUCGUCAACGUUAAGGAUCAGGGCGUCAAGGGUGACGGAGCGACUGAUGACACUGCUGCCAUCAAUGCAAUCCUGCUUGCCAACGCUGGAUGCAAGAUCAUCUAUUUCCCUCAGGGAACCUAUCUUGUCCACGACACAGUUUACGUCCCCCCGGGAACAAGGAUUGUGGGCGAUGUCUGGUCGACCAUCAGUGCCGUUGGCAGCAAAUUCUGGGAUGCGAACAACCCCCACGUUAUGGUAAGGGUAGGAAACGAAGGCGAAGUUGGUGUAGCUCAGAUCACAGACAUUGUCUUCACGACAGCCGAUGUCCUCAACGGUGCAAUUCUCGUGGAAGUCAACAUGGCCGGAGAAUCCCCCGGUGACGUCGGCUUCUGGAACUCGCAUUUCCGUAUCGGAGGAACAGUGGACACAAAGGUCAACACCAACUGUGCUGGCCCCGACGCAAGUGCUUGUAAAGCCACCUUUCUCAUGCUACACAUUACCCCCACCGGCUCUCCGUACAUUGAGAACAUGUGGGGCUGGACCGCCGACCACUCUCUCGACGGCGGCCCCCCACAGGUCAUUUCUACUGGCCGUGGAGCCUUAAUCAGGAGUAUGGAAGCAACCUGGAUGAUCGGCACAGCAUUCGAGCACAACACACUCUACCAAUACAACAUCGUAAAUGCCCGGAACCUCCUCAUCAGCUUCCAGCAAACUGAAACCGCAUACUGGCAAGGCCCCGGCGCGCCCAUAUCCGCUCCAACCCCAUGGACCGUCAACAGCGCAUACUCGGACCCCAACUUUGCCGGUUGCGGUGCCGACGACGCACAGUGCAGGAUGGGGUGGGCACAGCGCAUCAGCGGUGGCUCAAAUAUCCACAUAUAUGGCUCCGGCUUUUGGGUCUUCUUCAACGGGCUCACAUUUGCUAGUGGACAUGGGUACGGCGGUAGUGGUGGAUGUGAGGCGAGCUGUUGCCAGAGUAGUGUCUGUCAGGCGAAUGCCGCGGAGAUUGUCAGUGGGACGAAGAGCCUCUAUUGGUAUAAUGUUAACACGCAUUUGUUCACGAAUCUGAUUGUCGAUGGGGCAAAUAUCGCUAAGCAGUUAAACAACCCUGGGAGUUGGGGGGGUGUUGUUGCGGCCUUCUUGGCUCAUAUGGGUGCUUAGAUGGUGGGGGUUCUAGCGGAAGGGAAUUGAGUUGAGGGCGGUAUAUAUAUAUAUGGUAUGAUGGAUGGAUGAAAUAUGGAUAAAUCAAGUCACAUGGUGAGAUUUAAUGCUCAAAGAGAAAAGACAAUAGACGUUCCAGCA